GGAAUUCUAAAACAGAUGAACAGGCGCGGCUUGUGAACCCUAUGUGGAAGACAUAUGGGCGUCCUCGUAAGGCGGUUUUGUGUAAUUAGCAAUAUUUUGGCUGUGUUCGAAGUCGAUUGGAUCGUUAUUUCUCAAGACAGUUGCUGACUGAUUCCUCUUGUCAGUACUUUCAUCAAUAUUUACAAAUCAAAGCUAUAACGUGGACGUAUACUUCAUGGUUAUGAAAGAUACACUCAGUAGAGUUGGGAAAACUUGAUUCCUUACGUGUGGUACACAUCAUCUUCUUGACCUUAAGAAAAACAUUGGCAUACGAAUCUAUUGUUGGUCUCCGACUAUCAUGGAACUGCAUAUCUUAACCUUGCUUCACCGCCUUGUGGAUUCAUAACUUGGGCCUAAGGCUUGGGGACUGACCCCUUCAAAAAACCACAUGCUUCGGUUGGGGUGUACAAGCAGUAUCCAAGCCCAUUCAUAAAUUCAUUAGUUUAGACAUGUUUUACAAUCUCCUGUCUCCGCUCAGCUCAAUUCCUUUGUUCUGCAUUUGUCAUCGCAAAUAGAAAAAGCAUGUCAACCUGAUUCCACAUUCUCAAGAUUCCUGUUUUCCACUCAUCGGACACUAUUAACUAAUCUGUUUUUGUGUCGUCACUCAGGAAUAUUAAUCGUUCGUCGCCUACGUGACAAAUAUUUUAGCUUACGCUCAAACGUAAAAACAGAUUCUCGAUUGUUUGUAACUCAAAAAGUCUUACUUGGAGGGUCUUUAAUUUCAUUUGCUCAAGAUAAAAUUACAGAUGAAGAGGUUCUGAUUACCUUAAAAAGUUUUUCGAUAAAUGGCAACUCAAAUAAUUCGAACAAAAGUAGCCCAUUUGUUGUGGAAAAUGAAGCUAGAGUAGAGGAUUCUCAUUCAUUGGUUGUCGAAGAUUGUACACAAAAUGAGCUCUUUGAAUCAUGGGAUCCACCAUUGACUUUAAUGAUACGGGAGUUACGUGAAACAUAUUUGAAGCGAAUAUCGACAUUUUCACGACCUACUUUAAAGCCAGCUCUUAUCAAUGAUGCUUGUAUAUCUGCUGGUGAUGCAGAUUCUCCUGUAAAUGAAACUUCAAGCGAAGAUCGCUCUACUGCAUCUCUUUUAUCCUUGUUUACGGAUUUAAAUAUUCAACCAGAUGGUACGGGUUUUGUUGAUGAGUCAUGGGAACUUGUCUAUGACCGGAAAAAUAUGCACGUUUGGCGUAGACCACUAAUGGUAUCUGAAGUCAAUAAUGGACUUAACCCUUCAAAGUCGAAUACGAAGUACGAAUACCGAGUUUGUGGACAAUUUUGUGAUAUAUCAGCUUCAUCAUUUUUGGAAGUACAACUCAAUUUGGAUUAUCGACAAAAAUGGGAUGAUAAGAUUGUAGAAUUGCAUAGUAUUACACCGAAUAAUAAUACACAUAUCAAAGAUUUUGAUAUAAUUCGUUGGGUUGUACGUUUUCCAUUUCCUAUGGUCAAUCGAGAAUAUAUUUACGUGCGACGUUGGUGGGUUCAACCUACUGAGUCUUCAAUGAGUGUCGAGAAGUCACUUACAACUCCUAAAGAUAGUCCUCCAGAAUCGAUUAUUUUAUCUCAAACCAGUAUACCUAAGAACAACACAUCUACUAGACGCUAUGCCUAUGUAAUUUCUCGAUGUUCGGCAGAUUUCAAAGAAAAAUGCAUUCAGUCUUCUGAAGCUUCUUCAGUAAAGUCUUCAUGGGAAAACAUAAGGAAACGUGACCUUGUUCAAGUUUACGAAUAUCAUUCUGAGAUGUUAAUUGAAUCGCAUGGGGAUUUCAACCAAAAUGGACUUAAUUACUAUUUAAUUUAUUUUGACGAUCCAUGUCUUCCAAUUAAUGGCUCACCGAUCAAAUUAUUUUCUGUUCGAGCUAUUGAAGAAUUUAUGACAAAAUUGCAUAAAGCUGCAUUACAAUUAUGUCAUGUAGGCUUACCUGUUGGUAUUCGUCCUAUAGUAUAUGAUAACAGUAAUAAUGUUAAUCAUACUACAACAACUGUUGAUUAUUGUAAAACAAACAAAAUUGAUUCCGAUGCAGAUUUAUUGAAUACAUCAAAAUUAAUUACAACAUCGUCGUCUACUACAACAAAAAAGAAAAAACUAGUAAAUGGGAAAAAAUUGAAUUCUUAUUUCUUCACUGAUCGUCAUACUUCAGAAUCAUCAUCGACUAAUCCUACUGCUGCUACUGCUACUACUACUACUACAACUACUACUAAUUACAUGGAUUCAACUACAGCCGUAUUAUCUUAGUUUGUUCUUUUUUUGUGUGUGUGUUUACUUAUUCUAGUCUAUUUGUAGACACAUUGUUUUUCUCAAACUUGAUUAUCUAUGGAACAAGAGACAGAGAGAGAGAGAGAGAGAUAGAGAGAGUGAUGGCGAGUUUAUAUAUAUAUAUACUCUUAUGGUGACGACCUUUUUGUGUAGUGUAAUUCAACAAGAAAGACUUCCAUUUUAUCACUUAUUGAACAUACAUACAUACAUACCGGUUAGAGAAAUGGAACUUUUAUGUAUAAAACAGUUUUAUUAAUGUAUGUCAGAAGUAAAGAAAGUAUCAUGGUGUGUUGUUAUUAGAGUUAUCAAUAUCACAUUUGUAGGAACAAUAGAUGAUGGAUGAAUCGAUGUAUGUGCGCGCGCAUAGACAUCUGACAUACAAUGUCUGAUUGAUUGACUUGUCAGGAUACACUUUUAUUUUUUUGUAAAUUAUUUAUUUCUAUCACAUACACACACACACAAUGUAAUUACAAAUAUGUAUAGUGUUGUUUACACAAUUAAAGAAAUAGUUUUAGUGAUUG